UGUGCCUUUUCAUUUUUACAUUAGAGUUAGGCCGUAUCUUACACCGAGUCCCAGUGCGUCGCCGCUUUUUCUCCAUUUUCAAGUACAAAGAAGAUUCGGUGAUGGUAUGGCAUCUUUUCUGAAAGCAACUCACUUUAUUCACUCCAAUAACAACCAUCAAAAUCAUCCAUUUUCUCAGUCCUAUACCCAAAGAAUCAAGAUUUCAACUUCUCGCAAACCUCUAAUGGCUGCCCUCAGCGCCACAGCAACAGUUGGACUUUCUGAGACUUUCACUCGAUUGAAGGAGCAAGGCAAGGUGGCACUUAUUCCAUACAUCACUGCUGGAGAUCCUGACCUGGCAACAACUGCAGAAGCACUGAAACUGCUGGAUAGAUGUGGUUCAGAUAUCAUAGAACUAGGAGUACCUUACUCUGAUCCGUUGGCUGAUGGUCCAGUCAUCCAGGCUGCUGCGUCACGAGCACUGAGUAAAGGAACCAACUUUGCCAAAGUUAUAUCAAUGUUGGAAGAUGUUGUUCCUCAGUUGUCCUGCCCUAUUGCAUUGUUCACAUAUUAUAAUCCAAUACUUAAGCGCGGUAUUGAAAAGUUCAUGGCCACUGUAAGAGAUACUGGUGUACACGGACUUGUUGUUCCAGAUGUUCCUCUAGAGGAAACUGAAAUGUUGAGAAAGGAAGCUGCUAGGCAUAAUAUUGAAUUGGUAUUGCUUACAACACCAACUACUCCAAAAAUUCGCAUGAAAGCCAUAACUGAAGCUUCAGAAGGAUUCGUGUAUCUUGUAAGCGCAGUCGGAGUUACUGGAGCUCGUGCAUCUGUGAGUGCUAAGGUUCAGUCUCUCCUGAUAGACAUUAAAGAGGCAACGUCUAAACCAGUGGCAGUCGGAUUUGGCAUUUCAAAACCAGAACAUGUUAAGCAGGUGGCGGAAUGGGGAGCUGAUGGUGUCAUUGUUGGUAGUGCAAUGGUAAGAAUAUUAGGUGAUGCAAAAUCGCCGGAAGAAGGAUUGAAGGAAUUAGAGGUCUUCACCACAUCUUUAAAGUCUGCAGUGUCUUGAUCAGUGGUAGAAUUGAUGAUUUUGUUUUCUCAAAGCUUUGGCCACCGCAAUUUUUAAACCUCAGCUCUUAGAAGCAAGUGGAUUCUUGAAAUAGAUCGUCUGAUUUAAGCUUUAGAGUUUGACAUUCAUACUCUAGCUUGUAUUAGAUGCAAAAUUGUUUUCUAUGGUAUACCUUAAUCAGAGGUCCUGAGAUUGAACUUCUGAAAAUGAUUUUUUUUCUUUCGUUGUUGAAAAAAAUGCCUCCUCUGAAAA